CUCUAUUGUAUCUUUUGAGCUUUUUGGGUCUCUGUGUCACAACUACUCAGCAGUACUCACUCAAAUUGAGGGAGGACCGACUUUACUCACUCAAUCGAGUGGACUGAGUGAGUGAAUGAGUCAUCUCGCAUCUCCAGCUCCACCCACCAUUUCCAUUUCAUUGGUCCUGAUACCCUUUUGCUCAAAAGUGGUGAUUCCCUCCUGAUCAUCACUUCGUGAGUUGCUGCAGAAUUACUUUCAGAUUGUAGGUUCUUUUGGAGUAAAAUCUGAAGGUUGAAUCAGUCAUAUCUGUUAACUUUUACAGAAACAGCAAAGGGGAGACAGUGGGGGAAAGAAAGGGUGGUCAGCAACAUUGGGUGACCUAAUCAGGUUGAUUUGGAAGCAUUUACAGCUGUAAUUGGCUUCUUCUAUAUCAAGACAGCUAUAACGGAUCGAAUUGGUAAUCCUAGUCGCAGGCUAUGAAGAAAAGGCGCGUGCACGAAUCAAGGCAUGCGUUCCAUGAAACGCCAUUUGAGGCCUUCUGCUGUGGCUCGUGGAGAGGUGUGAGGCAGAUUGAGAUUAGGGAUGGGGCUAUGAUCACACAUUAUGGAGAUCACCACCCGGGAGUUGAGGAGAAGGGUCAGUUGUCAAACCUUCGAAUAAGGUCUAGGCCAGCAACUGCAUCUGAUUGCAUUUGCUUCCUAAGGGCAGGUAUUGAUGUCUGUGUGCUUUCAUCUGCUCUACAAGAAGAAAGUCCAGCUGGAGAAACUAGAAAUCCGGUGUUGGUAGAUGCUAAAAUAAAAUCUAUAGAGAGGAAGCCACAUCACGAGUCUCAUUGUUCAUGCAAGUUCUCUGUCAAGCUCUAUGCAAACCAAGGUGUUCUUGGUCUGGAGAAAGCAACACUUAGCAAAGAAACCGAUGAAGUAGGAAUCGACAAGAUCCAUGUCCUUCAAAAGCUCGAUAAAAUCCCUUGUGAGGGUCUAUUCUAUCGUUGGGAUUACUCGGAAGACUGUGUUGUAGCACAGAGAACUAAACUUUUUUUGGGGAAGUUCUCACAUGAGCUCACAUGGCUACUUGCAGCAUCUGUUCUCAAACAAAUUGCCUUCAUUGUGAGGUCAGUGCAAAGCAAAUUAGCUUACCAAACUUGGGCUGAUGAUGAGGAUAGCAAGACUUUGAAACCCGAUAUCCAACUGAAUUUCAUAAAUUUCAAGGUGGAGGACGACAUUUUGACACCCGUUGUUGUACAACACUGUCCUAAUUUUAGAGAUGAAGAAGCUGCUUCUUGUUCUUCAUUAGUAUUGGUGGUUCCUACUCCAGUUACUGAUGAAGCAAACUUGAAACUGCGUCGAUCUGGCCGUAGAAGGUUUCAACCGGAGCGGUUCCUUGGUGGUGAUGUUGCUCCGGGAGAAGACCCCGGGUGGGUUAGACAGAUGCCAUACAAGACAGAUAAAUGGAAGGAUGAUGGUGAUGAUGAUAGUGAUUUGGAUGUGCCUCUAUCAGACCUUUUUGGUGCCCGUGGUGGAAAUGGUGGUAGAAAGCUGGCUAAAGGAGAAGUUCCUCAGCUUGAACUCUUGGAGGAUGAUAACAUGAAAAUAAAAAAGUUCAAGGUUGGUAAGUCAAAGAAAAGAGGCCGAAAGCCUCAACUUGCCAUCGUCCCGGUUCCCAUGCCUGCUCAAAAUGAUACAGUUACGCCAGAAGAUGUUGAUGAUCAUGAACAACCUGAUUCUCCUCCUCCAAAUUCUCCUGAAAUUCUACCCAGAGAGCCCAAGGAUGAGGUCUCAUUCGGGUAUUAUGGUAAGAGAGGUACCUCAGGCUCCCAGAGGAAUAGUUUUGUUUCCUUCAGUUCGAGAAAGGCGAACUUCGAGCCUGAGGACAUGGUUUUCCAAAGUGGAUGGGGGCCAAAAUUUGCUGCUGCUAGUAAGAAAGCUUCUUCAAAUGGGAGAUCAUUCAGAUCUUUCAAGUCCAGGAGAGAUAAGUUUGGUGAGCGAAAGCCGUUCAAGAAGACUGCUUUAAGUGCUGGUGCAUACAACAAGCUUAUAAAUUCAUACAUGAAGAACAUUGAUUCUACUAUCUCAUCCAAAAGUGAGACCCAUAUCAUCGAUCAAUGGGAGCGAUUUAAAGCCAAAGGUGACCAGGGCCAUGCUAAGAACAUGGAUCAGUUUGAAGUAGAGGAUGAUGGUGAACUGUCAGAAACCGAGAUGCUGUGGAGAGAAAUGGAACUAUGUCUGGCAUCAGCUUAUCUUCUUGAUGAAGAUCAGGAUCAAGUUCCUAAAAAGAACGCCGAGAAGGAAGGUGACAGUAAUUGCCUCCAUGCAUACAAACUUGACGAGGAGAUUGGGAUCAUAUGCACUAUAUGUGGCUUUGUCAAGACCGAAAUGAAAUACGUUACACCUCCAUUUGUAAAGGCGGAAAAUGCUAGCUCGACUGCAGAAAGGAAACCAAAUGAUGGCAAUGACUCGGAUCCUAAGCCAGAAGGGGAAGAAGAGAUCAAACUUUUCACCACUGAUCACGAUACCUACAAGGAAGACGUGUCAUCAUCUGCACAGAAAGAGAACGUUUGGGCAUUAAUCCCUCACAUAAAAAACAAGCUGCAUUUGCACCAGAAGAGGGCAUUUGAAUUUCUGUGGAGAAACACUGCAGGCUCGACCAUCCCAGCCAAAAUGGUGAAAGCAUCAAAGAAAGUUGCUGGUUGUGUUGUGUCCCAUACACCAGGAGCUGGCAAGACAUUCCUCAUCAUAGCAUUCCUCUCAAGCUACCUUAAGUUGUUCCCAAACAAGAGACCAUUGGUCCUUGCUCCAAAGACAACUCUCUACACCUGGUACAAAGAGUUCAUCAAGUGGGAGAUCCCUAUCCCGGUACACCUCAUCCACGGGCGAAAGACUUACAGGCUGUCGCAGCAAGGUGCAGUUAAAUCCACUGGAGGGCCAAAGCCGAGUCAGGACGUUAUGCAUAUCUUGGACUGCUUAGAGAAGAUUCAGAAGUGGCACGCACAGCCGAGUGUCCUUGUCAUGGGCUACACUUCAUUUCUCACUUUGAUGAGGGAAGAUUCAAAGUUUGCUCACAGGCAGUACAUGGCCAAAGUGUUGAGGGAAAGUCCAGGGCUACUCAUACUCGACGAAGGGCAUAAUCCUAGGAGCACCAAAUCCAGAUUGAGGAAGGUUUUGAUGAAGGUGCAAACCGAUCUUCGAAUACUUCUCUCUGGGACUCUAUUCCAGAACAAUUUCGUCGAGUACUUCAACACACUUUGCCUUGCUAGACCAAAGUUCAUUAGAGAAGUGUUGAGGAAGCUAGAUCCCAAGUACAAGGCAAAGAAAGGGCCUAAGAAAGCUCGACACCUACUGGAAGCUCGAGCGAGGAAGCUUUUCAUAGACAACAUUGCUAGCAAGAUUGAUUCAGGUGUGCCAGAAGAAAGAAUGGAAGGUCUGAAUGUGCUGAGAAAAAUGACGAAUCGUUUCAUUGAUGUUUAUGAAGGUGGGGCUUCUGAUGGCCUUCCUGGCUUGCAGAUUUAUACUAUACUGAUGAACUCCACAGAUAUACAGAAUGAGAUUCUGAACAAGCUGCAUGACAUUAUGGCUACCUACAAUGGUUACCCAUUGGAGCUAGAGCUCAUGAUCACGCUUGCUUCAAUCCACCCUUGGUUGGUUAAAACAUCGAACUGUGUCCACAAGUUCUUCGACAUGCCUGAACAGAUGGAGCUCGAGAAGCUGAAGUUCGACUUCAAGAAAGGGUCGAAGAUCAUGUUCGUUCUGAAUCUCGUCUACAGGAUAGUGAAGAAGGAGAAAGCCUUGAUCUUUUGCCACAACAUUGCACCCAUUAAUCUACUCACCGAGCUGUUCGAGAACAUCUUUGGCUGGCAGAGAGGCAGAGAGAUCAUGAUUCUCACAGGAGAUCUUGAGCUGUUCGAGAGAGGCAGAAUCAUCGACAAGUUUGAGGAGCCAGGUGGACAUUCCAAGAUUCUGCUUGCCUCCAUCACAGCUUGUGCUGAAGGAAUCAGCCUGACAGCGGCUUCGAGAGUGAUACUGAUGGACUCCGAGUGGAAUCCUAGCAAGACGAAGCAGGCCAUUGCUCGUGCUUUUCGUCCAGGUCAGCAGAAGGUGGUCUACGUGUAUCAGUUGCUCGCGACUGGGACUCUUGAAGAGGAUAAGUACAGGAGGACAACGUGGAAGGAGUGGGUUUCGUGCAUGAUAUUCAGCGAGGCAUUUGUCGAAGACCCCUCGCAGUGGCAGGCAGAGAAGAUCGAAGAUGAUGUGCUGAGGGAAAUGGUGGAGGAAGAUCGUGUGAAAUCGUUCCACAUGAUCAUGAAGAACGAAAAGGCUUCAACGGGUUAAGAUUCAAAACGGUCUAAGCUAGCUUCACCUCAACUAACUGCAAAUAGCAUUGUGACAUGAGGCACCAUAACCCUGCAAGUAAAUCAAAAGUGCAGCUGUAUACCCAUAAUGUCAAUGAAUAUCUUGAAGGAGGAAAGAGGAAGCUAUAGUUACAAGGACAAGACAGGAGACGGAUACCCGCAAAAGAAGAACAAUGACCUUUCGUGUUCGAACUGUCUGCAAAAAUUUUCUCUUCUUUGAUUCAUUCUUGGGCAUUCCUAAUGUGUUCAUAAUGGAACAGUUUUCAGUUUAUGAACCGUGAUAGUUCCCCAGGUAGACAACUUGGCUCUGCCUUUGAGAUUCUAUGAAAAUAAUGGCUUGGCAUUUGCUUUUCUCUUUACUUCUGUCAUCUGGUUUUCGGCCUUUCGUCACUUUAAAAGGGUGUAAUAAUGGGGAUGGAACAAGUGGUGGUAUCAGCAUGCACAUGUUGGGCAGAGUUUCAGAUAUGCGAUGCGACGGUGUCAGUC